UUAUGAUAUUAUCAAAUAUAUUAUUUAUAAACUAUACAAGUGCAAACAUUUGAAAAUAACACCCAGCUGCAAAACAAAGCAAACAAACAAAUUUCGGAUCUUUUUUUUUCCAAUUAGCAUCCGAUGGCUGAAGUCGUUGUUGGAGCCAUCGUCACUGUUGUGAUUGAGAAGCUAGUGGGUGGUGAGUUGAUGAAGUUUGCUCGAUCCGAAGGGAUGGAAUCUCAGCUGAAAGAUUGGAAGAGAAAGUUACCGCUGAUUCAAGCUGUACUGGCUGAUGCGGGCCACAAGAAAAUAACACAGAGAGCUGUUGAAAUGUGGCUGAUGGAGCUCCAGGAUGUGGCUUACGACAUAGACGACGUACUUGAUGAUAUCGCCACAGAAGUUAUGAGGCGUGGGACUACUACUAGUAGUAGUAAGGUAAUGAAGAUCAUCCUCAUCCCAGCUUGUUGUACUAAUAAUAAUUUCACUCCACAUAACUUCAUGUAUGGUCGUAAGAUUAGUUCUAGGCUGGAUGAUAUUACCACUAGAUUGAAUGAGCUUUUUCAGCUGAGUAAUGAUUUGGGUUUGAAAGAGAUUGUUGAAAAGUCAAGCGGAAUAGAUAAACCAUUGGGAGAAACUUCACUGGUUAAUGAGUCAGAGAUUUUUGGGCGGGGGGAUGAUAAGCAGGCAUUGCUAGAUCAGCUUUUGGGGGUUGAAGCAAGUAACUGUCACUAUGUGAAAACCGUGUCCAUAGUUGGUCUUGGUGGGGUUGGCAAAACAACUCUUGCCAAAAUCUUGUACCACGACGAGCAAGUGAAGGGUCACUUUGAACUCAGAGCAUGGGUUUCUGUUUCCGAUGAGUUUGAUGUACUUAGUGUCAGCAAGGUUAUUUAUCAAGCUGUAUGUGGGGAAAGCAAAGAAUUUGCUGAUCUAAAUUUGCUUCAUGAGGCGCUUCAAAAAAAACUUUCGAACAAAAGGUUCCUACUCGUUCUAGAUGAUGUCUGGAAUGAAGACCACACGAAGUGGGAAGUCCUAAAAAAACCACUUGUAGGGGCACCUGGAAGUAAAGUUAUUGUGACAACACGGAAUACCAAGGUUGCAUUGGUGAUGAACUCGGUUCACCGUCACAAUCUGGGGGUUUUGUCGGAUGAGGUAGCGUUGUCUUUGUUUGCUCAGUAUGCACUCGCGGAACAAAACUUUAACAAACAUCCAUCACUUAAGCCGAUUGCUCAAGGUAUUGUUAACAAGUGCGAUGGUUUGCCUUUGGCUUUGGUAACAACUGGGAGGGUCUUGCAGACUAAAGGAAUUGAUGUUGUUGAAUGGGAGGCGUUGCUGAACAGCGAGAUAUGGGGUUCACACGACGAAAGUGGUAUUCUUCCCGCACUCAAGCUGAGCUACUAUCAUCUCCCUCCACAUCUAAAGCAAGUCUUUGCAUAUUGCUCCAUGUUUCCAAAGAAGACCGAGUUUGAAAAGAAGAAACUAAUCCUAUUGUGGAUGGCACAAGGGUUUCUGUCCCAACCAGACGGCAACAAACAACCAAUGGAGAGUUUGGGUAACAAGUAUUUUAAAGAGCUGCUGGCAAGGUCUUUUUUUCGGCCUAUAGCCAAUGAUGAAUCACUGUUCACAAUGCAUGACUUGCUAAAUGACUUGGCCGCAAGUGUUGCAAGAGAUUUUUUCUUUAGGUUGGAUGAUAAUAUGGAUCUAAAUGACAGGAUCAUAGAUUUUAAAAAGUUUCGUCAUUUUUCAUUCAUAGACGAAAAAGUAGCAGAACAGACAAAGUUCAAAGAACUGCAUAGAGUUAGAUGCUUGAGAACAUUCUUACUGUUGUCAAUUCCUUGGCAAAUACCGAAAACACCAAAUAGAAUUAUUUUAGAGUUACUUCCCAAAUUAGAGUUGGUAAGGGUGUUGAGCUUAAGUGAUUGCUUGAUAACAGUGGUACCAGAAUCUGUUGGUAGUCUCAAGCAUUUGCGGUACCUUAAUUUUUCAAAUACACACAUCCAACGAAUACCAGAACAAGUUAGUGAGCUUUAUAAUCUGCAAAGCUUGUUGGUGUGUGGGUGUCUUUACUUAUCUAGUUUGCCAGUCAGUUUAGUAAAGCUGAAAAACCUUCGACAUCUUGACAUGACUCAUACUCGGUCAUUGAAGAAGUUGCCUUUGGGGAUGGUUGGGUUGACGAAGCAAAAGAUGCCA